AUGGGUUUGAAAGUCAUUGUGGUCGGUGCUGGAAUUGGCGGCCUCACCAGCGCUGCAGCACUACGUCGUGCUGGUUGCGAUGUGCAAAUCUUUGAGAAAUCCGCCUUUAUUGGGCAAAUCGGGGCUGCACUAUCCAUAGCGUCAAACGGAGCGCGCGUGCUAUCGCGACUAGGCUUCUCGUAUUCACGCGCGAGCGCCUGCACUAUCUCGACAUGGGAGACUUUGAGUGGGCAAACGAUGGAGGUACUGAGAAGUGUGGAUCUCAGCAGCUCAGAGAAGAUGUUUGGUGAGCCGGCGCGCACUGUGCACCGCGUCGACCUGCAUAAUGAGUUGUUGCGCAUAGCUACUAACCCUGAUAUUGAGGGCGGAUCCCCAGUGAAGCUUCAUCUCAGUUCUGAAGUCGUAGCUGCUACCUCUGAUGGCACCAUCACGUUGCGUGACGGAUCGAUUUACUCGGCCGACGUGGUCAUUGGUGCAGACGGGCUGCGAUCUGCCAUCAGAGAUGUCGUCCUGAGUGACAAAAUUCCGCCUCAGUCCGGCCACGCAGGAUUGGCAGCCUUCCGUUUCCUGGUCGAUUCUGAGGAACUCAAUAUGGAACCUUCAUUAAAGCCGCUGCUCGUCAAGCAUCAGGGAAGAGCUGUGGCUAUUAUGGAUACAACACGCACUGAAGAGCAUCACAUCAUGUGGUAUCCCUGUCGAGGAGGAACUGUUCAGAACUUUGUUGGAAUCCAUCCAAGCAAGACACAACAAACUUGGGACGGUGAAGCUGCAAAAAUCGAGAUGAGAAGGGAAUAUGCGCAUUACCACGAGGAUAUUGAUCACAUACUGCGGCUCGCCGAUCAUGUCAAAUGCUGGCCUCUAUUCAUCCCCGAUCCAUACCCGACCUGGGUGCGCGGUCGUGUCGUGCUCAUUGGAGACGCAGCACAUCCAAUGCUACCAUUUGGCGGGCAAGGCUCCAACAUGGCGAUCGAGGACGCUGGUGCUCUCGGUGUACUAUUUAAUGGUAUUGAAACUAGCCAAGUAGAGGACCGACUUGCCCUUUUUGAGAAAAUUAGAUACAAUCGAGCUUCGCGUGUACAGCUGCUGUCAAGAGCGCGGGUGGGUGAGGAAAUGACUGUUGAGGCCCAGGUGCGCCGAUAUGCCGAGUCACCUGAUAUAUUGGUUCCAACCAAUCAUCAAGAACGAACCAUGCAUGAUUAUAGCUACAAUGUUCUUGAGGAGUGUGAAAAGGUGCUGAAAGCGUCCUUGUAG